CGGCGCUCCCGAGCCGCAGCCCAACUUUUUUUUCCCCGAGAAUUCGCACGUUUUGGGGGCCGGAGGAGCGGGGCGAGGCGUGGGGGGCGGAGAUCGGAGUUCCUGGAAGCAGCCUUAGCAGCAGCUGUCCCACAACAUGGCCUCCUCCACCUCCUCCUCUUUCGCGGGCGCCGAGAGCAUUCCUCCUGCGCAGGGUGACGUUGGAUCCUAUUAUUCACAAAGUUCUAGAAAGUCUGAUGCCAAUGCCAGUUACUUAAGAGCAGCUCGAGCUGGACACCUAGAAAAGGCUCUUGACUACAUUAAAAAUGGAGUGGACAUCAACAUUUGCAAUCAGAAUGGGUUGAAUGCUCUCCAUCUUGCUUCCAAAGAAGGCCAUGUUGAAGUUGUCUCUGAGCUGCUACAGAGAGAGGCCAACGUGGAUGCAGCCACGAAGAAAGGGAACACAGCAUUGCACAUAGCGUCUUUGGCUGGGCAAGCAGAAGUGGUGAAGGUCUUGGUUACAAACGGAGCAAACGUCAAUGCACAAUCUCAGAAUGGUUUCACACCCUUGUAUAUGGCCGCCCAGGAAAACCACCUGGAGGUUGUCAAGUUUCUGCUGGAUAAUGGUGCCAGCCAGAGCCUUGCCACCGAGGAUGGCUUCACACCGUUGGCAGUUGCUUUGCAACAAGGUCAUGAUCAAGUAGUUUCACUUCUGCUAGAAAAUGACACGAAAGGGAAAGUGCGUCUUCCAGCUCUUCACAUCGCUGCCCGCAAGGAUGACACAAAAGCCGCUGCGCUUCUGCUGCAGAACGACAACAACGCCGACGUGGAGUCCAAGAGUGGCUUCACCCCGCUCCACAUAGCUGCUCAUUACGGAAAUAUCAAUGUAGCCACGUUGCUGUUAAACCGAGCGGCUGCUGUGGACUUCACGGCCAGGAAUGACAUCACUCCUUUACAUGUUGCUUCAAAAAGAGGAAAUGCAAAUAUGGUAAAAUUAUUGCUUGAUCGAGGAGCUAAAAUCGAUGCCAAAACCAGGGAUGGCCUGACGCCGCUGCACUGUGGGGCGAGGAGCGGCCACGAGCAGGUGGUGGAGAUGCUGCUUGACCGAGCCGCCCCCAUUCUCUCAAAAACCAAGAAUGGACUAUCUCCAUUGCAUAUGGCCACACAAGGGGAUCAUUUGAACUGUGUCCAGCUUCUCCUCCAACAUAAUGUGCCUGUGGAUGACGUCACCAAUGACUACCUGACAGCCCUGCAUGUGGCCGCCCACUGUGGCCAUUACAAAGUCGCCAAGGUUCUCUUGGAUAAGAAAGCUAACCCCAAUGCCAAAGCCUUGAAUGGCUUUACCCCCCUGCAUAUAGCCUGCAAGAAGAACCGAAUUAAAGUCAUGGAACUCCUUCUGAAACACGGUGCAUCCAUCCAAGCCGUGACCGAGUCGGGCCUUACCCCAAUCCAUGUUGCUGCCUUCAUGGGUCAUGUAAAUAUUGUAUCACAACUAAUGCAUCAUGGGGCCUCGCCGAACACCACCAACGUGAGAGGCGAAACUGCACUGCACAUGGCAGCCCGGUCCGGCCAAGCGGAAGUCGUGCGGUAUCUGGUGCAGGAUGGAGCUCAGGUAGAAGCUAAAGCCAAGGAUGACCAAACCCCACUCCACAUUUCUGCUCGACUGGGGAAGGCAGAUAUAGUCCAACAACUGCUGCAGCAAGGAGCAUCGCCAAAUGCAGCCACGACGUCAGGGUACACCCCUCUUCACCUUUCAGCCCGAGAAGGGCAUGAAGACGUAGCUGCAUUCCUUCUGGAUCAUGGAGCAUCUUUAUCUAUAACAACAAAGAAAGGAUUUACUCCCCUUCACGUGGCAGCAAAGUAUGGGAAACUUGAAGUAGCCAACCUCCUACUACAGAAAAGUGCAUCUCCUGAUGCUGCUGGAAAGAGCGGGCUAACUCCACUGCAUGUUGCUGCACAUUAUGAUAAUCAGAAAGUGGCUCUUCUGCUUUUGGACCAAGGAGCCUCACCUCAUGCGGCUGCAAAGAAUGGUUACACGCCACUACACAUUGCUGCCCAGAAGAACCAGAUGGACAUAGCAACAACUCUGCUGGAAUAUGGUGCUGAUGCCAAUGCAGUUACCCGGCAAGGAAUUGCCUCCGUCCAUCUUGCAGCUCAGGAAGGGCACGUGGACAUGGUGUCGCUGCUCCUUGGUAGAAAUGCCAACGUGAACCUGAGCAAUAAGAAUGGCCUCACCCCACUCCAUUUGGCUGCUCAAGAAGACAGAGUGAAUGUGGCUGAAGUCCUGGUGAACCAAGGCGCUAAUGUGGAUGCCCAGACAAAGAUGGGAUACACACCGCUGCAUGUGGGCUGCCACUACGGGAACAUCAAGAUCGUUAAUUUCCUGCUCCAGCAUUCUGCAAAAGUUAAUGCCAAAACAAAGAACGGGUAUACGCCACUGCAUCAAGCAGCACAGCAGGGACAUACACAUAUCAUAAAUGUCUUACUCCAGAACAACGCCUCCCCCAACGAACUCACCGUGAAUGGGAAUACUGCCCUUGCCAUAGCCAGACGCCUUGGCUACAUCUCAGUGGUUGACACUCUGAAGAUAGUGACGGAGGAGACCAUAACCACCACUACCAUCAUUGAGAAGCACAAAAUGAAUGUUCCAGAAACAAUGAAUGAAGUUCUUGAUAUGUCUGAUGAUGAAGUUCGUAAAGCCAACGCCCCUGAAAUGCUCAGUGAUGGUGAAUAUAUCUCAGAUAUUGAAGAAGGUGAUAAUGGCACAUGGUACAAAAUUCCCAAGGUACAAGAGUUUACAGUAAAAAGUGAAGAUGCAAUGACGGGGGACACAGACAAGUAUCUUGGACCACAGGACCUUAAGGAGCUGGGUGACGACUCCCUGCCUGCGGAGGGCUACAUGGGCUUCAGUCUGGGAGCUCGUUCUGCCAGCCUCCGCUCCUUCAGUUCGGAUAGGUCUUACACCUUGAACAGAAGUUCCUAUGCCCGGGACAGCAUGAUGAUUGAAGAACUCCUCGUGCCAUCCAAAGAGCAGCAUCUUACAUUCACCAGGGAGUUUGAUUCAGAUUCCCUUAGACAUUACAGCUGGGCUGCAGACACGCUGGACAAUGUCAAUCUUGUCUCAAGCCCUAUUCAUUCAGGCUAUUCUUCUCCACUUCCUCAGUAUGAUUCAAGGUUUCUGGUUAGCUUCAUGGUGGAUGCCAGAGGUGGCUCCAUGAGAGGCAGCCGUCACCACGGGAUGAGAAUCAUCAUUCCUCCACGCAAGUGUACAGCCCCCACCCGAAUCACCUGCCGUUUGGUAAAGAGGCAUAAACUGGCCAACCCACCGCCCAUGGUGGAAGGAGAGGGCUUAGCCAGUAGGCUGGUAGAAAUGGGUCCUGCAGGGGCACAAUUUUUAGGCCCUGUCAUAGUGGAGAUCCCUCACUUUGGGUCCAUGAGAGGAAAAGAGAGAGAACUCAUAGUUCUUCGAAGUGAAAAUGGUGAAACAUGGAAGGAGCAUCAGUUUGACAGUAAAAAUGAAGAUUUAACUGAACUGCUAAAUGGCAUGGAUGAAGAACUCGAUAGCCCGGAGGAACUAGGGAAGAAGCGGAUCUGCAGGAUUAUCACGAAGGAUUUCCCCCAGUAUUUUGCAGUGGUUUCACGGAUCAAGCAGGAGAGCAGCCAGAUCGGCCCUGAAGGGGGAAUUCUGAGCAGCACUACAGUGCCUCUGGUCCAGGCGUCAUUCCCAGAGGGUGCUUUAACCAAAAGAAUCCGAGUGGGCCUACAGGCUCAGCCUGUUCCAGAUGAAAUAGUGAAAAAGAUCCUAGGAAACAAAGCAACAUUUAGCCCAAUUGUCACUGUGGAACCAAGAAGAAGAAAAUUCCAUAAGCCAAUCACAAUGACCAUUCCGGUGCCCCCACCAUCAGGAGAAGGUGUAUCCAAUGGAUACAAGGGGGACACCACGCCCAACCUGCGUCUUCUGUGUAGCAUUACAGGGGGCACCUCACCUGCUCAGUGGGAAGACAUCACAGGCACCACUCCUUUGACGUUUAUAAAGGAUUGUGUCUCUUUUACAACCAAUGUUUCUGCCAGAUUUUGGCUUGCAGACUGCCACCAAGUUCUAGAAACUGUUGGGUUAGCCACUCAGUUGUACAGAGAAUUAAUAUGUGUUCCAUACAUGGCCAAGUUUGUUGUAUUUGCCAAAAUGAAUGAUCCUGUGGAAUCCUCCCUGAGAUGUUUCUGCAUGACAGAUGACAAAGUGGAUAAAACUUUAGAGCAGCAGGAAAAUUUUGAGGAAGUUGCAAGAAGCAAAGAUAUUGAGGUUCUAGAAGGAAAACCUAUUUAUGUUGAUUGUUAUGGAAAUCUGGCUCCUCUUACCAAAGGAGGACAGCAACUUGUUUUUAACUUUUAUGCUUUCAAAGAAAAUAGACUGCCAUUUUCCAUCAAGAUUAGAGAUACCAGCCAAGAGCCCUGUGGUCGGCUGUCUUUUCUGAAAGAACCAAAGACAACCAAAGGACUGCCUCAAACAGCUGUUUGCAAUUUAAAUAUCACUCUACCAGCACAUAAAAAGGCUGAGAAAGCAGAUAGACGCCAGAGCUUUGCAUCUUUAGCUUUACGUAAGCGCUACAGCUACUUGACUGAGCCUGGAAUGAAAACAGUUGAACGGAGUGCAGGAGCAACAAGAUCCCUCCCCACCACUUACUCAUACAAGCCAUUCUUUUCUACAAGACCAUACCAGUCCUGGACAACAGCUCCGAAUACAGUGCCUGGGCCAGCCAAGUCAGGCUUCACUUCCUUAUCGAGUUCUUCCUCUAAUACUCCAUCAGCUUCUCCGUUAAAAUCAAUAUGGUCGGUUUCGACUCCUUCUCCAAUCAAAUCCACGUUAGGCGCAUCAACGACAUCUUCAGUUAAAUCCAUUAGUGACGUGGCAUCUCCGAUUAGAUCCUUUCGGACAAUUUCUUCGCCAAUAAAAACGGUGGUGUCACAAUCUCCAUACAAUCUCCAAGUUUCCUCUGGUAGCCUGGGUAGACCUCCCGCAGUCACAGAGGCCUCGCCCUUAAAGGGGCUGGCCUCCAAUUCCACUUUCUCCUCUCGAACCUCUCCAGUGACUACAGGAGGGUCUCUUUUGGAGAGGUCGUCCAUUACCAUGACGCCCCCUGCCUCCCCCAAGUCCAACCUUAACAUGUAUUCCUCAAGUUUGCCAUUUAAGUCCAUUAUCACAUCUGCAACACCACUGAUCUCAUCCCCUUUAAAGUCAGUGGUGUCUCCAGCUAAGUCAGCAGUUGAUGUCAUUUCCUCAACUAAAGUCACGAUGGCAUCGACUCUAUCAUCACCCUUGAAACAGAUGCCGGGACAUGCAGAGGUAGCAUUAGUCAAUGGCUCCAUCUCUCCUCUGAAAUAUCCGUCGUCUUCAACUUUAAUUAAUGGGUGCAAAGCCACUACCACAUUACAGGACAAAAUUUCCACAGCUACAAACUCUGUGAGCUCUGUCGUGAGCGCAGCGGCUGACACGGUUGACAAAGCCUUUGCCACCACGACAGCGAUGCCAUUCUCCCCACUCAGGUCAUACGUUCCCGCGGCAACACCGUCAGCUUUUCCGUCUCUCAGAACUCCUCCCACAAGUGCUCUCUAUACAUCCCUCGGGUCAUCGAUCUCUGCAACUACCUCAUCUGUAACUUCAUCAAUAAUCACAGUGCCCGUCUAUUCUGUAGUCAAUGUUUUACCAGAACCAGCUCUAAAGAAACUCCCAGACUCUAAUUCUCUGACAAAAUCAGCAGCUGCCUUGCUGUCACCCAUGAAAGCAUUGACUACGGAGACCCGCCCUCAGCCCCAUUUCAGUCGAACCUCAUCUCCGGUUAAGUCAUCCCUGUUCCUUGCACCCUCUGCCCUUAAGUUGUCUACACCAUCUUCUUUAUCUUCCAGUCAGGAGAUAUUAAAAGACGUGGCUGAGAUGAAAGAGGACCUCAUGCGGAUGACAGCAAUCCUGCAGACAGAUGUGCCUGAGGACAAGCCAUUCCAACCCGAGCUCGCCAAGGAAGGGAGAAUGGAAGACGAGGAACCUUUCAAAAUUGUUGAGAAAGUCAAGGAAGACUUAGUGAAGGUUAGCGAGAUCCUAAAGAAGGACGUCUGUGUGGAAAAUAAAGGCCCCCCGAAGUCCCCCACGAGUGACGCAGGGCAUUCUCCCGAAGAGGACUGGACAGAGUUCAGUGCAGAAGAGCUACGAGAAGCGAGACAGGCUGCAGCCAGCCAUGCCCCAUCCCUGCCUGAGAGAGUGCACGUUAAAGCGAAAGCUGCCUCCGACAAGGAUUACAACCUGACCAAAGUCAUCGAUUACCUGACCAACGACAUUGGGAGUAGUAGUUCACUGACCAACCUGAAGUACAAGUUUGAGGAUGCCAAAAAGGACGGCGAGGAAAGACAGAAGAGGAUUUUGAAACCCGCGAUGGCUUUGCAGGAACACAAACUCAAAAUGCCUCCGGCCUCUGUCAGGCCAUCCACCUCGGAGAAAGAGUUGUGCAAGAUGGCCGAUUCUUUUUUCGGAACAGAUACGAUAUUAGAGUCUCCAGAUGACUUUUCUCAACAUGACCAAGAUAAAAGUCCUCUGUCUGACAGCGGCUUUGAAACGAGAAGCGAGAAAACACCUUCGGCCCCACAGAGCGCCGAGAGCACUGGCCCCAAACCCCUUUUUCACGAGGUCCCCAUCCCUCCCGUCAUCACAGAAACUAGAACUGAAGUGGUGCAUGUGAUUCGGAGCUACGAGCCCUCCCCCGCGGGGGAUGCACCCCAGGCCCAACCCGAGGAGCCCGUGUCCCCCAAGCCUCCGCCCACCUUUAUGGAAUUAGAACCAAAGCCCACCAUGUCAAGCAUCAAGGAAAAAAUGAAAGCCUUUCAGAUGCAAGCCAAUGGCGGCACCUGUGACGGCGAGGACCACAGCAGGGCGCUGAGCAAAGGCAUGCGUGUGAAAGAGGAGACACACAUCACCACCACCACUCGCACGGUAUAUCGUUCCCCACCAGGCAGCGAGGGCACGUCAGAGCGGAUAGAGGAGACCAUGUCAGUCCACGACAUCAUGAAGGCCUUCCAGUCUGGGCGGGACCCUUCCAAAGAGUUGGCAGGUCUAUUUGAACAUAAGUCGGCGGCGGUGGCUCCCGACACUCCCAAGACUGCGGCUGAAGCCUCAGCCCAGCACACAGAGAAGGACACCCAAAUGAAACCCAAAUUGGAGCGUAUUAUUGAAGUCCACAUCGAAAAAGGUAACCAAGCUGAGCCCACUGAAGUCAUUAUUAGAGAAACAAAAAAGCAUCCAGACAAGGAGAUGUAUGUGUUUCAGAAAGACUUAUCCCGGGGAGAUAUUAACUUAAAAGAUUUUCUGCCAGAGAAACACGAUGCUUUUCCCUGUUCAGAGGAACAGGGUCAGCAAGAAGAAGAAGAACUUACUGCCGAGGAGUCCCUGCCUUCCUAUCUGGAAUCUUCCAGAGUAAACACUCCCGUGUCCCAAGAAGAAGACAGCCGCCCUAGUUCUGCUCAACUCAUAUCUGAUGACUCCUAUAAAACGUUGAAGCUUUUGAGUCAGCACUCGAUAGAGUACCAUGACGAUGAGUUGUCAGAACUAAGAGGGGAGUCUUACAGGUUUGCCGAGAAAAUGCUUCUCUCCGAGAAGUUAGAUGUAUCUCAUUCUGAUUCUGAGGAGUUGGUCACAGACCAUACGGGACCCCCUAGCUCAGAGUUACAGGGCUCUGAUAAGCGGGCCAGAGAAAAAGUAGCCCCUGCCCCCAAAAAAGAGAUCCUCUCCAAAAUCUAUAAAGAUGUGUCUGAAAAUGGUGUAGGGAAAUUGUCUAAAGAUGAGCAUUUUGAGAAAGUGACAGUGCUGCACUAUGCUGGCGAUGUUGGUAGCCCCAAACAUGCCAUGUGGAUGCACUUUUCCGAGGACAGAUUAGACAGAGGUAGAGAGAAGUUAAUCUAUGAAGACAGGGUGGACAGGACCGUGAAGGAGGCGGAAGAGAAACUAACCGAAGUGUCGCAGUUUUUUCGUGACAAAACAGAAAAGCUCAACGACGAACUGCAGUCCCCGGAGAAGAAGCCCCACCCGAGAAAUGGCAAAGAAUACGCUUCCCAGAGCUCUACCUGCGGCAGCCCGGAGAAGGCUCUGUUGAAAGAACUGCUGGUGUCCAACGAGGAAUGGGUCAGGACGAGGCAGCAGGGCCCCGACGCACCAGGCUUGCCCAAGGUCGAGGAACGGAGAGACCCCGGCGGUGCCAGCAGCCCCGAGAAACGGGCUCCUCUCGCCCCGCAUGCCGAAGACGGCCAGGCCGCAGAAAAUGCCCAGAGAAGCCAAGGGUUGCCAAGCCAGGCGCCAGACGGGCCCCAGGCUGGGUUUCAGCUCAAGCAAUCCAAACUCAGUUCCAUCCGAUUAAAAUUUGAGCAAGGCGCCCACCCCAAGAGCAGGGACGUGUCGGAAGAAGACAGACGGUCAGAUGGCCAAUCCAGAAUCCCUGUGAAAAAGAUACAGGAAAGCAAGCUACCCGUCUACCAAGUCUUCGCCAGAGAAAGACAGCAGAAAGGUCUAGACCUCGCAGAGGAACCCAGAGCCGUACAAAACGAUUUGCUGGUACUAAAAGCCCAAGAUGAGCAUGGCCAGAGCAACGAGAUCGUUGUAAAUGAUUCUGGCUCUGAUGAAGUGAAACAGCCAAGAACUGACCAGUCCAAGCAAGGGGUGCCUGACCAUUUUUCUGAGCAACAGGCUACCACCAACUUAGCAUGUCCUGGGACCUCAGAUUUAGCCCCUGCUAAGGGACCAUGGGACAAAAAGGUCUUUAGGACGUGGGAAAGUUCUGGACCCAGUAACAAUAAGUCACAGAAAGAAAAACUUUCGCAUGUACUCGUUCAUGAUGUAAGAGAGAAUCAUGUGGGUCACCCCCAGAGUCCAAGUAGUGAUCCCAAGAACGAGUUCAUGCCUGUGACUGAGAGAGAACACAAGGUGUUAACCAAUGGCUCUCUCUCCGAAAUUAAGGAAAUGACUGUCAAGUCUCCCUCCAAAAAGAUCUUAUAUAGGGAGUAUGUUGUCAAAGACGGGGACCACGCAGGUGGCUCUCCACUUCAGCCCUCCAGGAAAACUGAGAGCCCCACAGUCUCGCACAUUCCGGUCAGAGUCGCCGAGGACAGGAGUGCGCCGGCCCCCAGCAUCCCCCGUGGUCUGUGUGAGCCGGCCACCUUUCCGAAACCCGAACUCUCACAAAAGGUGGCCCAGUCGAGUCUGAGUAAAGAGACAGUUGAGACCAAGCACUUGAAUUCCAUACAGGAUGCAAAAGUGACCUAUUCCGAAAUCAGCAAAGUGUCCAAACAAAGUUAUGUAGGCUUAUGUCCACCUCUCGAUGAAACGGAAACCUCCCCAACCAAAUCUCCGGAUUCUCUAGAGUUUAGCCCAGGAAAGGAAUCUCCCUCUAGUGAUGUCUUUGACCACAGUCCCAUGGAUGGAUUGGAAAAGCUGGCGCCCCUAGCCCAGACAGAGGGAGGGAAGGAGAUAAAAACCUUACCUGUGUAUGUGAGUUUUGUGCAGGUGGGGAAGCAGUAUGAGAGAGAGAUUCAGCAGGGAAGUGUGAAAAAAAUCGUAAGUCAGGAGUGUAAGACAGUGCAAGAAACCAGGGGGACCUUUUACACCACUAGGCAGCCAAAGCAACCUCCUUCUCCCCAAGGUAGCCCAGAAGAUGAUACUCUCGAGCAAGUCUCCUUUCUAGACAGCUCUGGGAAGAGCCCUCUGACCCCAGAAACACCCAGUUCAGAGGAAGUGAGUUACGAAUUUACGUCUAAGACACCAGACUCGCUAAUAGCUUACAUCCCGGGCAAACCUAGUCCAAUUCCUGAGGUUUCUGAGGAAUCAGAGGAGGAGGAGCAGGCCAGAUCCACUUCCCUCAAACAGCAGACAGUGGAGGAGACCUCCAUCACCCCAGAAAUGCCUAGUGAUGCGAGCAGAGACUCCAGCCAAAGGCCUAAAACAAACCGAGUUGCCUACAUCGAGUUUCCCCCUCCUCCACCACUGGAGGCCGACCAGCCCGAGCCACAGAAGGCUCCUUAUCUCCCUGAAAAAGAGGUUGACAUGAUUGAGGUCAGUCUGCAGGAUGAGCAUGACAAGUACCAGCUGGCCGAACCAGUCAUCCGAGUGCAGCCCCCCUCACCGGUUCCUCCCGGGGCAGAUGUCAGCGACUCCAGCGAUGACGAAUCUGUUUACCAUCCAGUCCCAGUCAAAAAAUACACCUUCAAGUUAAAGGAAGUAGAUGAUGAACAAAAAGAGAUGACAAAAACCAAAGCGUCUGCCGAAAAGGCGCCCGCCCAGAAGGAACUAGAAAGCAACGGAUCUGGAAAAGAUAAUGAAGUUGGCCUCACUCUUGAUUCGCCUCAGAAUGAAACUGCCCAGAAUGGAAACAAUGACCAGUCCAUCACAGAGUGUUCCAUCGCUACCACGGCAGAAUUCUCCCACGACACAGAUGCCACAGAGAUCGACUCCCUGGAUGGCUAUGAUCUGCAAGACGAAGAUGAUGGUUUGAUCGAGAGCGAUUCUAAACUCCCAGGGCAAACCGUGGAACUGAAGAAAGAUGUCUGGAACAUGGAGGGCAUCCUGAAACCAGCCGAUCGCCCUUUUAGCCAGAGUAAACUCGAAGUUAUCGAGGAGGAGGAGGGCAAGGUGGGGCCAGAGGACGAUAAGCCAUCUUCUAGAAGCUCUUCAGCUGAAAAGACUUCUGAUAAGACUGAGCAGAAGUCAGGGACCCAGUUCUUCACGCUAGAAGGCAGACAUCCUGACCGAUCAGUGUUUCCUGACACUUACUUCAGUUACAAAGUAGAUGAAGAAUUUGCCACUCCCUUUAAAACAGUAGCCACCAAAGGUCUAGAUUUCGACCCUUGGUCCAAUAAUCGGGGGGAUGAGGAAGUCUUUGACAGUAAGUCCCGGGAAGAUGACACUAAGCCAUUUGGUCUGGCAGUGGAAGACCGCUCUCCAGCCACAACCCCUGAUACAACGCCAGCCAGAACGCCAACUGAUGAAAGUACCCCAACUAGUGAGCCUAACCCCUUCCCAUUUCAUGAAGGGAAAAUGUUUGAGAUGACUCGCAGUGGUGCAAUUGACAUGAGCAAGAGGGAUUUUGUGGAAGAGAGGCUCCAAUUUUUUCAGAUUGGUGAGCAUCCUUCUGAAGGGAAGUCAGGGGACCAGGGGGAAGGGGAUGAGAGUAUGGUCACAGCCACAGCACAGCCACAGUCAGGGGACACUACUGUAGAAACCACUGUAGAGAGAAAUGCAGAGGCACCUCCAGUGGAACCUCCCCCCAGCAGCCCGACCAGCGCAGAAUGUCAGGAAGGUCCAGCCAGGAGCAGCUCUCCGGAGAGAGCAGCAGCCGCCAGCAGCACCUCCAAAACUGAUCCCAAGUUGCGCACGCCUAUAAAGAUGGGAAUCUCUGCCUCCACCAUGACCAUGAAGAAAGAAGGCUCUGGAGAAGCGACAGAUAAGAUAGACGCUGUGGUGACCAGUGGUCAGGGAUUAGAACACGAAGCUGUGAGCGUGAUUUCCAAUGCAGUCAAUAGCCAGAUGGGCACUAGGCCCCAAGAGAAACAUGAUUUUCAAAAAGAUAACUUUAAUAACAACAACAAUUUGGAUUCUUGCACCAUACAGACAGAUCACACGAUGAGUAAUGUAGUGCUGAGAGAACAACCCACACGCAGCUGCACCACUGAGAAAGGCAAUCCACUGAAAGGCUCAGCAGGCAAAAAGACAGGGGUGCAACAAGGACACUGUGUCAAAGAUAAGCAGAAAGUUCUAGGGGAGCAGCAAAGGAUAAAGGAAUCCGUAGGGAUUAGGCAAAAAUCCAAACUUCCCAUAAAGGCCACCUCACCAAAAGAUAACCUCCCACCAAACCAUAUACCACGCUUUAAGGCAAGUAAAACGAAGCAGGUUAGUCAAUCUGAGAAAGCCAGAACCAUUCCUCCUUCUUCAUGUAUAGGUGGAAAGUCCAGGAUUCCAAUAAAAAACACACACAGGGAUAACACGGUUUCAGUUAGAAAAGCAUGUGCUACACAAAAACAAGGGCGGCCAGAGAGAGACAAGGCCAAACAAGUUCCAUCAAAGUUGCCAGUCAAGGUAAGAUCCACCUGUGUCACCACCACCAGCACCAGCACCACCACCAGCACCACCACCACCAGCACCAGCACAAUUAAAGUCAGGAAAAAUCAGCUUAAGGAAGUAUGUAAACAUUCCAUUGAAUAUUUUAAGGGAAUUAGUGGUGAGACCUUAAAGCUUGUGGACCGCCUCUCUGAAGAAGACAAAAAGAUGCAGUCCGAGCUGUCCGAUGAGGAAGAAAGUACCUCAAGAAACACGUCGUCGUUGUCCGAGACUUCCCGGGGUGGCCAGCCUUCAGUUCCCACGAAGUCUACUAGAGAUAAGAAAACAGAGGCAGCGCCUUUAAAAUCAAAGAGUGCAAAGGCCGGCAGUGAGAGGAGGAGCAGUAGGAGGACUGGUCCACAGAGUCCCUGUGAACGGACAGAUAUCAGGAUGGCAAUAGUAGCCGAUCACCUGGGACUUAGUUGGACAGAACUGGCAAGGGAACUCAAUUUUUCUGUGGAUGAGAUCAAUCAAAUACGUGUGGAAAAUCCAAAUUCUUUAAUUUCCCAGAGCUUCAUGUUAUUAAAAAAAUGGGUUACCAGAGACGGAAAAAAUGCGACAACUGAUGCCUUAACUUCGGUCUUGACAAAAAUUAAUCGAAUAGAUAUAGUGACUCUGCUAGAAGGACCAAUAUUUGAUUAUGGCAAUAUUUCAGGCACCAGAAGUUUUGCAGAUGAGAACAGUGCUUUCCAUGACUCCGUUGAUGGUUGGCAGAACGAGACAUCAAGCGGAAAUCUAGAGUCUCCUGCUCAAGCUCGAAGAAUCACUGGUGGGUUACUGGAUCGACUGGAUGACAGCCCUGACCAAUGUAGAGAUUCCAUUACCUCAUAUCUCAAAGGAGAAUCGGGACAGUUUGAAGCCAAUGGAAGCCAUGCAGAAGUCACUCCAGAAGCAAAGAGAAAAACUUACCUUCCAGAAUCCCAAAAUGACAUAGGAAAGCAGAAUGCUAAGGAAAUUCUCAAACCAAAAAUACACGGAGCAGCUCGUGUUGAGGAACCAGCAUCCCCACUAACAGCAUAUCAGAAAUCUCUGGAAGAAACCAGCAAGCUUGGCAUUGAAGAGCCUAAACCCUGUGUGCCUGUCACUAUGAAAAAGAUGAAUAGGACUUGUCCUGCACCUGGCAAGCCCAGGCUGAAUCUUCAGGAAGAAGAGGGCUCCAGUGGGCCUGAGCAAAAGGUCAAAAGUCCCGGGGCGGCUCUUACGCGGAUGACGGCCUGCUGCUACAAGGACUGGAAAGACAGUGAGAGUGAGUCGAGCUCAGAGGAAGAAAGAGUGAUUACCCGAGUUACUCGCCGGCGAUUGAUUCUCAAGGGAGAGGAAGCCAAAAACAUUCCUGGUGAAUCUGUCACAGAAGAACAGUUUACUGAUGAAGAAGGCAACCUCAUCACCAGAAAAAUCACUCGGAAAGUAAUAAGACGAAUUGUUGUCCCACAAGAGAGAAAACAUGAUGACAUGCAGGGAGAAGCUUAUAAGGUGAAGACAAAGAAAGAAAUCCGGCACGUGGAAAAGAAGAGCUACUCCUAAGAGUGAACGGAUCAUGUGUUUUACUGCCAGUAUUGAGAAAUUGGUGGGAAAACUAUCAUCAGGAAGGAAAAACUCAGAGAAGACUAUGUGUGUUUGCUGCUUCCACACAUUAACGGCAUGAUCUUUUUAUGCAAAAAGAAAAAGAAAAAAAAAGAAAACCACUCCCAUUUUCAUUUAGCAUGAGCCAAUUUACAGAGCAUGGAAGUUGACUUUCCUUUCCAGGACCGGCACGUGUGCAAUUAGCAAUGCAGUUGUAUAUACAAGAAGCCAUGCUGUUAACAGUUUAUCUCAAGUAAUUUGGUGUCGCAACAGAAGAAAUUCCUGCCUCCGGAAGAGACCGAAAGGAGACAAUGAUCAAAUCACAGAGAAAACACUAAAAUUACUAAAUCCACAACAGCUCGCCUUAUUUUUCUCGGACCCAAACUGUCAGGGUAUAAACACUACUUGUUUCUUUUAUAAAAACAUGGAUAGUUUUGCUGUAAAUAGUAACACUGUAUAAAUCCUAACAGAAGAUAGAAUAAAAUGCUGAUAAGGCACUGCCUCUUAGAACACAGACCAGAAUUCUCGCAAAUGCAUUGACCAUACUAGGAGUCUCCAGACACUUCACCCUAGAGGAGGGGGGCGGGGUUCUGGGAGGGGAAACUCUUCACUGAUUCUUGUAUAUUAGCAAUUAUAAUGUUUGUAUAUGCAAAACUGCUAGCUUGGUUUAAAAAAAAUCUUUAAAACCUGCUGCAAAUUUCAAUAAUUCCCCAAAUGAGGAAUUCUGUAGUUCUGUGAAAACAUUUUUCUUCAGAAUACUAAUAUUUUGAUGCAUGUGUAUCACCUUAUUUUGAUUAAACCUUUUCCAAUUUUGCAAACACUAUACCGCAACACAAAAGAUUUUAUCUGUAAACACAAAGCCCUUCAUCUAAUAUUUGUUGCUAUUGCCAAUUUUUCAAUGAAAUAACCUUAAAAAACAACAACAAAAAAAUUUAACCUAUACAGUAGUUGCUUUAGGGGGUGGGGGGGAUGCUGUUAGUACUUCCAAGGGGGUAAUGCUUGCCGCUUUAGAGAUGGAUGUGCCCAGAAGAAGCCCCAAUGGGGGAGAUUUAAAAUGGACUAAACUGAAAUCCUUAGCUAGUAGAAUGGCAGCACGCUGUAAAAUUAUUACUGUAUCGUGUACUGGCUAAAAAGAUGUAGACACCUUUCAGUAAGCCAAUCAUUUGUAACCAUUCUAGCAGUGUCAUAUUAGGUUUAUAAGGCUGCUGUGUUUUCAAGGGCAUUUUUAUUUGGGUUUUGGUGAAAAUCUUUAAUUUGUUGAUUCUAUUCACAUAAAAUCAGCAUUCAUGGACACAUAGCUCUAAUGACAUAUGUAUGAAUUCCCAUACACUGGAUGACCUAGCCGAUUAUUUAAGCCUAAAAUAAAUUGUGUUCAACUCUU